CUCCCUCAGACUACUUUCACCCCAUUGACAUUCCUACAUAUGCCGUUCCUCGAACUCGGUGAGGAUGUGCUUCUCCAGCUAUUCGCGUUGGUUCCUGUUGGGGAUAUUCUGUCUAUCCGGCAGGUUUGCACCACACUGAAUCGGUUGACGCGCCUGAGAUCAGUUUGGCUGAAUCAACUAGGGUGGCUAUUCCUCCAGGGGGUUCGGAUUCCACCUUACAUUGGAGAUUAUCUCGCUUUAGAUGUGGCAGACUUGGAGUCUCUCGUGCGACGGCUGUCGUAUGCCUCAGAAAAAUGGGCUCUUACCGGGACUCCAUCGCCGUCUCGAAUAUGGCCCAUUUACCUUCCUCAGUCGAUUACCUGGCUUCAUCUCACUCAAGGAAGGUGGCUAUUUGUCGCCUCUUCGGACGAUAAAGUCAGCAAGCUGAGCUGCUGGGAUAUUUUCCGCAUAUUUAGCGGGAAUACGGAACCCAUAGCUGAGGGCUACUUACCCGACAAGGUCAAGACGGGCAAGGUUGAGGUUCAAGACUGCGAUAUAAUUCUCGCUCUUGGACUGGGUCCGCGAAUCAACUCCACAUGUAUUGUUACGCUACGCAAGGCCCAUGAAGACUAUUCCCUUGUCGAAAUUGCUUGUCUACCGCAUUCAACUCACGUUCUCAUGCUAUCGGGUUCCUUCGUUGGCUGCGCCAUUCGCCAACAGAGUAAUAUUCCGCAUCUGAUCAAGUGGAGGGAGGGACGAGUUGUGGAAAUUCCACCACCGCCAGGUGGUUUCGAAGCUCCCGGUCGCCGAAGCGUACCCCAUCUAAUGGCAUUUUGGGGCGACAAACUCGUCGUUAUUCGCAGCACAACCUUAGAAACAUACGAUUUCUCAUCCGCAUCAGGAAAACUAAAUCUGUCUGGCACACCUGGUACCAGGUCUUCCAGGUCUUCCAGAUCCCCCAGAGCACCUCUGGCACCAGAGAACAUGCCUAAAUCCAGAGACUGCCAGACAAAAUCUCUGGUACCAGACACCCCAGAGCAACUACCAGACAGUUCCACAGAAUCAUGUCAUUUCUCAGAGCAAUGA